AUGGUUAGGACCAGAGGAUUAGGUCAUGCCUUAGGUCACGUUACUGGCAGAGGUGUGGGUAGAGGAGAUCGUGAUGAUUCCGAUGAUGCUCUGCAACGUCGAUGGCCUACCGCAUCCGCACAGAGGCAGCGAGUACCUGUGACUGCGGCGCAUGAUGAGCCAGUGGUCCCUAUGCCAGAUGUAGAGGCUGAUGUAUUUCCAGAUGACCCGAUUGCACCAGCUAAUGUAGAGGACACUGGGGCAGACAUUCCUGCAGACACACGCGCGCAAGCUGUUGAGGAUAAGCAUGAGGAAUUUUCGGGUGGUCCGAGCGACCCAUCUGUGCUGACCCAGUAUGUGGAUCACGUUGCUUGCAGCGUAUGGGCGGGAGAGCGUCCUGAGUUGACGUUAUCGUCUCACGGGAGGAAGGUCCAUAGUUUAGGUAGGCCUGUCCCUGCCAUUGAGGGACUAGUUGCUGGGACAGGACUAAGUCCUUUGAUCGUGUGUUCGGUAGACAUUGGUGAUCGGGGACUUUUGUCCUCGUUUGUCGAGCGGUGGCACCGGGAGACGUCUAGUUUCCAUCUCCCUAUGGGAGAGUUGACGAUUACGCUGGACGACAUCUCCUCACUUCUGCAUCUGCCCGUGGUUGGCGACUUGCAUGCCUUUCAGCCCUUGCACGUGGAUGAUGCGAUUCAGAUGCUGGUCGACUUAUUGAUGGUCUAUGCAGAGGCUGUCAAGGCUGAGACAGGGCAGUGUCGUGGACUUCAGACCGAGAGGUACGUCUGGGGAGUGGCUGCGCUGGUGCAUAUGUACGACCAGCUGAGCGAUGCCUCUAUCAGCAGUAGCCGACAGCUUGGCGGUGACAUCACACUACUGCAGUGUUGGAUAUACGAGCAUUUUCCCUUAGUCGUAGAGUCCACUGCUGAUCAGGACUACGAAGAGAAUUCCCCAUGUGCCUGUAGGUGGAUUGCGACAAAGAAGAUCGUGAAGAGCAUACGUACACCGGUGUACAGGGAGCGCCUGAACCGACUCUGGAUUCUGGAUGUCUGUUAUAGGGUCGUGCGGAAGUUUGGAUACACCCAGACCAUUCCUGCUCCGCUUGUCGAUUCAUGGGUGUCGUAUGAUGAUAUACACGACAAGUGGAUGCACUACUCGGAUCAUAUGGUUCCAGCAGGUGAGGUGUGCGCUGUGCUAGGUCAGUGUGCCAGCGACUACAUGGACUGGUUUUUCCGCAUCUCGCAUCCUUUCAUGACACUAGGCCACGCAUCAGAUCCUAUACCAGAUGGUCAUGCUCCGCAGCCCCGAGUCGUCCCUCAGACCCCACAGAUAGAUAUCCCUCAAGUGCCGGAGCCAGGAGCACCGUCGACAUCUGCGAGUCCCGCUGUGGAGGAGCCUAGACAUGCAGAAGUUUGCCAUGGGAUUGCUGAGAGGUUGGAGCGCUAUCUGAGCUUAAGGGUGGUCACGCCAGGCUCAUCAACACAUGAGGUGAUCGAAGAAUACCUCAGGAUGGCCAGGAGUGUAACACAGGACCAGCUAGUAUAUGUUAGGUCUCGACGCAGGCGGCGCACAGAUCAGGCAUAG